AUGCAAAACGAUUUUGACGAAUUCUAUUCUCUUCUGAAUUUCGUCCGUCCAGACGACUUCCCAUCUCUCCAAGAAUUCAAGAAAAUGUGUUCCGACAAUCCGUUGGAAUUGAAUGAACUCAUCGAUGAGUGUAUGAUACGCAGAACGGCUGCAGAUGUCAAUUUGAGUCAUUUACCCGAAAAACACGAAUACAUUCUAUUCUGUGCUGCAUCUGAAAUCCAGAAGACGAUUCACUCAGAAAUCUGUGAUUACAUGACGGGAGACGCCCUCUCUCUAAUCUUUUUCGCCCGUCAAUUGGCGAAUCAUCCGAAACUUUUACUCGAUUAUUUACGUGAAAAGAAUCAGAAUCAGAUUCAGAAUCAGAAGAAUCAGAAGACGUCUUCUAUGAAACAAUUCCAAAAACACGCCGCCUUGCUCCUCGCAUUCGACGGAGAGAACAUGCCGAGGGGCGGAGUCAGCGAAUCGGGAAAGUUGUCGACACUUGUGAAUAUGUUGAAAUGUUUCCGAAUGAUUGGAGAGUGUACUGUAAUUGUAUCGAAUUUCAUUGAAACUUUGGAUAUGAUUGAAGGACUCUGCGAGUUUUUAGAAUUUAAAGUGUUCCGAUUGGAUGGAAAGACACAGGUACAAGACCGUCAGAGACUGGUCCGUCACUUCAACGACAAUCGUGACGCAUCGAAUGUGUUUUUGUUGAGUACAAAGGCUGGCGGUGUCGGAUUGAAUCUAAUCGGAGCAUCUCGUCUGAUUCUUUAUGAUUCUGAUUGGAAUCCGGCGAAUGAUCAACAGGCGAUGGCAAGGAUUUGGAGAGAUGGACAAGUUAGGCCAUGUCAUAUUUAUCGAUUGAUUACUACGGGAACAAUCGAGGAGAAAAUGCUACAAAGACAAAUCAAAAAGACCGGAUUGGGAUGUGUUAUCGAUGCGAUUGAAGUCGGAGAAUCAGUGUCAACAUUCACGGAUGACGAGCUCAAAGACAUUUUCACGUUUUCCGGCGACGCGACGGAAUGCAAUACGCAUGAUUUGUGUGGUUGCGGAUGCGAUGGAACCGGAAUGUUCGAAACGGAAAUGUUCGACGACGACGGAGAAGAAGAGGAUUCAGAAGACGUGACAGAAGACGUGACAGACGACGUCAAGGAUUCAGAAUCUCCGGAAAAAAAGAAGAAAAGAAACUGGGAUAGUGAUAGUGACGAUGAGGAAGAAGUAGACGAUGAAGAGUUGGAGGCUGACGUCACGAUUCAGAAGACUCCAGAUGACGAUGAAGUCGUCGAGGAUAGUCAGGAGCCGAAAAUUUCAGAAAAAAUUCCAGAAAAACCAGAAGAAAUCGCUGAAAAAGAGCCGAAAAAGGCGGCAGAGCCGCCACGAACGAUCGCCUCUCUCGCCGAACUCUCCAGGUGGCGUCAUUUUUCGCCACGUCAUCCGGACACGUGGCAUCAUUUCAUGACGAAUGCAGGAUUGUCUCAAGUGGAUCAGGAGGACGUCGAGUUGACAUUUGCAUUCUAUCAGGAAUCUAAAUAUUGA